AUGGGGAUCAAAGCUGCUCUUCCCAAGUAUGAGAUUUAUUUCUACAACACUGUUUUGUGUCUGGCCAUGUUCUGGGCCACCAGCUGGAUCUUUGAGGUGUCCAGUUCCAACGCAAACAGAAAGACUUUCAAAACCAGCGUGAAGCCAGGAUGGUACUACUUUGGGAGGAAAAUGGAAACUGCAGAUUUCGAGUGGCUGAUGUGGUUUUCCACCUUUAGAGACCACAUCAUAUUUGCGCUCUCUGGUCAUGUGCUGUUUGCCAAGAUCUGCUCCAUGCUGGCUCCACAGUAUCGGUCCUUGGUAUAUAUGGUGUACGGCCUGCUUGCUGUGUGGACCAGCAUGGGCUGGACCUAUGUCACCCUCAUCCUCUCCCACUGUAUCCUGCUCUACAGCAUCUCCCUAGUGAAAAUCCGCUGGCUUUGCUUCGUCACUGGUCUUUGUACGCUGGCUACAUUCAAGUGUGAACCCUUCAUUUCCUGGCAGGCAGGUUUUGUGGAAGGGGACUUUGAGUUGCGUCCUGUUUUCUUCUAUGGAGGAUGUGGGUUUACAGUCAUGCGUUGUACGAGUUUUGCUCUGGAGAACUGUGAAAGAAAAGAUGGCAACUACAACAUCUUGGAGCUGCUCAAGUACAACUUCUACCUCCCUUUCUUCUAUUUCGGGCCCAUCAUGACUUUUGAUAAAUUUUAUGUUCAAGUCAACAGGUGUGACCUGACCAGGAAAGAGCGGGAGAUGUGGAAUAUCAACCUGCAGGGUGUGAUCCACCUUAUCGUCAUCAUUGUAGUGGACAUCCUCUUCCACUUCAUGUACAUCCUCACCAUCCCCACUGACUUGAAGCUGAUGAAGCACCUGUCUGACUGGGCUCUAGUGGGGCUGGCUUACUUUAACCUGGUGUAUGACUGGGUGAAAGCAGCUGUGAUGUUUGGAGUCAUCAACACGGUAUCCAGACUGGAUCACCUUGACCCUCCUAAGCCACCAAAAUGCAUCACCAUGCUCUAUGUGUUUGCUGAAACUCACUUUGACAGAGGGAUCAACGAUUGGCUGUGCAAGUAUGUGUAUAAUUACCUGGGUGGAAAGCAUGAGAACAUGGUGGAGGAGCUUGUGGCUACAUUGUGCACCUUCGGCAUCACCAUCCUCUGGUUGGGACCCUGUCAGGUGGUCCUGAUCUGGGCUUUCCUGAACUGUUUUGGUCUCAACUUUGAGCUGUGGACAGCCAAAUUCUUCUCCGUGGAGCCAUUUAGCUCUUUUGAGAUGGCAAUGUCAGAAGCGAUGUCUCGGCGCAUCAGAGCCAUCUUCAACACUUUCAACUUCUGGAGCAUUGUGUUGUACAACGUUCUGGCCUUGAACAGUUUGGACUUUGCAAAGUUGGUCGCCAAACGGCUGCUUCUAAAAGGCUUCCCCAUAACAACCAUCAUCGUCAUGUUUGUGACCUACUGUCUGAUUCAAGUGAUCAAGGAGCAAGAGAGGAGACAGGCACUCAUAGACGAUCCCGAUCCACUCCCACCGGCACCACCUCCAAACGCUGCCAUCAGUCCUACCACCUCUGCAACUGCACCCACUGGUGCUCAGCCAGUCGCAGAUCCCAGCAAAGAAAAAGCAGAGUAGAUAUUUGAUAUUUAACGAAUGGUUCCAGUGAUGAAAAAUGUGAGUUCUGUCCAAAUGCUAACAGUAUUAUGAGUUUGAAUGGAUGCAGACAAGCUCACUGUAAAUAAAAUUUAAAGUAUUUUUACCUAAAGGAGAAUUUAAAGCUUAAUGAAAAAAAAUUACAGUAAAUCAAUAUUUACUGUAACAUAUUGUGAAGUACACCUGUAUACUAACCAGGACUAACAAUAAAACUACAAUGUCGAGACUGUGAUUGGUCUAGUGCAAAAGUAAACUGCAAAGAUUAGUGAAAACAUUUGUACUUUGUGUGUUUAUGUAGGUUUUUGUUCUCUCUGAUGAAACUGCUUGCGCUUUUUACACUACAUGAGUCAGUGUGGAGUCUUGUCAUAGUACUGUGAGCCAUUUCUGUUGCAUUACAUCAGCACUUUGUCACUGAAUCCUGUUUGAUGCUUCCACAUGGAAAACACUUUGAAUACUGUUGGGAGGGAGUGCUACAGACACCUGUGGUGAAUCACUGCUCUGACCAGAACAAGGCAAUAAAAUGCAUUUAAUGACAUCAAAGAGCGGCGGUUCCCUUUUUUUGUUAGGGUAAAUUUACCAGGUAAUUUUGUCAAAUCACUUGGGUCACUAAGAAAAAAAAUAUGUAUGACAUUUAACUGUGUUUUCAUGAUUACCUGAAAUGUUUUUAAUAUUUUUGUGUUAAACUGAUGCAUUAAAACAUGAGUGUUGAGCCUC